AGGUUUUCAGAAAACUACUUCAAGUGUCACAGAAAAACAUUAAAUAUAUAUUAGUUAUACAAGCAAUUUCAAAAAGUUGAACUUUGUUUCCCAAAUGGCUUCACCUAAAAUCCUAAAUAAACUGCUAAAAGAAGCUCCCAAGGAUAGCAAAGGUAGCAAAGAGCUUGCAGAGCUACAGAGACUGAUUGUAGAGCUGAUGAAGCCUCGCCUGGGCCAGCUCAGUCACAUCUCAAAGGUUUGCAUGGUGCCAGCCACCAGAGAUCAAUUCCAGGAUCCCUCCGAGGACUGGUGGCCAGAUUAUGAACUGCAGUCGGAUUGGCAUGCCAUAACCGAUAUGAAUGGUCUUCUGGUAUACACUCAGGAAGCUCUUAAAGGAAUGCCGGAUGAUCUAAGAGCCAUCAGUGAAAAAUUUGAUUAUGCUUAUUCGGUAGCAAAGCCCGAAACUAUUCACUAUAGACCAAAAAACUAUAUCAUAGUAGGCGAACUAAUAGAAGACAUGCAAGACUUUGUGAUUAACUUCGGUCGCCUGUGCACCAAGAAUCUCGAUGAGCGGAGAACCCUUCUCGAUCUAGCUUUGCUAACCAUGGACACUGCUGACCGGAUUAAGGUGAAGAUCUUUGAUGAACGCACCUUUGUCCAACUGCAAUCGCGAAUUGAUAAUCUAAGCAACUUCAUCAAGGACUUCUGUGCCCUGUUCGAUGCCAAAGUGGAGUUGAAGAAGGAUUCGAAAUCUGUACACUUUGAUAAGCCUGUUAAACGCCAGGGACCGCUUCCAACGGUAACCAUUGAUAGGGCUAGGACUUAAGCCAGAUCGAUCAGGAAGUCAUCUCGUUCUUUAUUCCCAAGGCAUGGCUUCCAACCGCUUUCAUUGUACAAUACCCCCACACCACCACACUCAAAACAGGCACAGAUACAUGACUCCUUGGCGUGGGCGGUAAUAAAGAGUUCGCCUCCA